UGAUAAUCAACUUCCAUUUCUACAUACAAUCUCACACGACUUAACCAAAAAUGGAGUGCAAAAACCUCAAAUCCUUCUCCUUCCCAAAUUCCACUCCCUCCAAGCCCUUAACCUCCAUCAUCUCCAUUUCCAUCACCAUCUUAUUAGUCAUAUCCCUCCCUAUCUUCUACAUCUCUCUCCUCCAUAUUUCUCCCUCCAACCUCCUCAAAGACACCGCCUUUUGGUUCCUUCUCUCCAACUCCAUCAUCAUCGUCAUCGUCGCCACCGACUCCGACGCUUUCUUCUCCAAUCAUGACACGGGCACCGACACCGGCCGCAACAUUUAUGAUGAGUUCAUGCUUCACAACAAAGCAAGAAAGCAAAGCUUGAUGGCUAUAGUACCAAUGGAGAAGCCUUUGGCUUUGCCAUGCGAAGAGGAAGAGGAAAGAAGAAAGGAAGUGAUUGUUGAGGAAGGUGUGAAGAGAGAAGAGGUGGUUUGCCUAGAGGAGAAGGAGCCAUUGGGGGACUCUGUGAGGUCAGAGUUGAAGGAGCAUUGUGACUAUUGGAGUAUGUCGGAUGAGGAGCUUAAUAGAAGAGUGGAGGAGUUUAUUAGGUUUAAUAGAGAGAUUAUGCUUCAAGAGGCGAGGAAGUAAGAUUUGAGUUAGGAAUUUUGUUUUUUUAUCUACUUAUUGUAGUCUGUUAAAUAACUAAUGUUGAUAAUAAUAGUAAUUAAGUUUAGUUUCUUCAAA